AAUCUUUGUAUUAGGAUGCCUCAGCAACAACUUCCGGGUAGCUUGUGAUGACCUUGCUGGGUUGAUCAUCAUGGCGGCUAUCGUUCGGUUAAGUUCUGUUUGUCGCAGAGGAGUUCAUCCUCUGAUCUACCAAAGCACCUUGCUGGCAAGGCCGUUGGUGGUACCACACAAACAUCAGGAGCAGACUUAUCUGCUCACUGCAAGGAUUCAUGCAUCUCAAACCUUAAAUGCGAGCGCCGACUCCAAAGCUGCCUCUCUGCACUGGACAGCUGAGCGAGUGCUGAGCAUCCUGUUGCUGGCCAUGGGGCCUGUUGCCUAUUUUCACCCUGGCCCUGCUAUUGACUACUCUCUGGCUGCUGCACUCACCCUUCAUGGACACUGGGGUCUCGGGCAGGUGUUGACAGAUUACGUUCAUGGUGACACCAAGAUCAAAAUAGCCAAUGCGGGUCUCUUUCUCCUGUCCACGGUCACAUUCGCCGGCCUUUGCUACUUCAACUACAAUGACGUGGGCAUCUGCAAAGCCAUCACCCUGCUUUGGAGCAAAUGAUAAUGGAUAUGGACUGGGGAGCUCAGAUGAAUGACCCAAAUAUGUUUCAUGUCAAUUAUUAUAAAUAUACAGCUUUGACAAUAUUUCCGGCGAUUUACAUGUGUGUAACUGUACUUCAUAAAAAUCUUUUUUUUUCUUCAACUGAAUUACUGGUUGUUAAAUUUCUUACCUGCAAGGAACAUGUAAUGAAGUUGGGCAAUUUUUAGUCUGUACUGUCAUAUCAUAUUUUCGUGAAUCAUAGCUCAAAGUUUCAUAUUUUUACACAAAACAUCUGUCACAUCGUACAGACCAGAAUAGUCUUAUUUGACAUCUAAUUUAUUUUUUCCACAAGAGGAUUCAGUCUUCCGUGUACAUACCUUUUGAUCUUUAAUUCAUCUGAUAUGUGCUAUGUUGUUAUAUUUUAAUGUUGAAUUUGAGAUGCUUCAUAUUGGUCAAAAGUUUAUUGCCACCCUCUUCCAACGAAAAAAUAUGUACUUGUUCCUGUCCUUUACACUAAGUCUCUCAGCUUUGCCGUAAAAAAACACUUCAAAAUAAAAAUUUAAGCAUUUCACUUACAUCGCUAAUG